AUGUUCGAGGUUGCCUUGAAAAAUAUGGAUGUGGACCCAUCGAAGCGUAACGACACUGGUUCUCCAUUCGACCCGAAAGUUAUAGGUCGAGCACACGGUCUUCUUCGCCCAUAUGGUCUCACCGGACAAUAUUGGGAGAAGAUCGGGGAGAUACUUAUUGAUGUGGUUCUGGGGCAAGAAGCCGUCCGCGAUUUACCUGGAGCUGGUCAAGCAUGGGUGAUCUUCACUGCAUGUUUAGUUGAUCAGCUGCGAACUGGCUUCGAAGAAAGUCGAGGCCCAUGUCAAGAAUUUCCUAAACGUGAAGUGGUUCUCCACUACGCUACUAAGCAUUUAUACGAGACGGAAGAGCCAGACAGCUUGAUCGUGACAGAUUCAAGCUUGCUGCCGACAGUUACCUCGACAAAUUGGAAAGACAGGGACGACCUCUCUGAACCGAACUGCUCCCACAAGCAAGUUGUCGAAGAAGCUCAUAACUGCCAUAUUCCUCGAGAGCAGAACAUGAUCCAGCAGGGGAAACGUAGGCUUUCAAAGCGGGCCCAGUCUUUACACCAUCCGAAUGACAUCACUUUGAGGAAGUGGCUGGACCGAAAGCUAUCGCUAGAAGAAAGUGCACACGGUGCUGUACAGUCGAAUCAACCGAAGGAGUUCUGCUCGAACAAAGACGAGAAUGUCAGGAGUAAAAGUACGAAUAGUGCUGCACAAGAGGCUACUACGUCAUCGAGCAGAAGAAGACAUUCCAACGUUGAUGCUUCGCUACCAGAAAUAUGUGUGAAUAAAUCGUAG